AUGGGCGGCGUCGGGGAGCCCGAUAGGGGGCCGGGGCCGCGGGGGAUGCCGCUGCCCACCUUCCGCUGGGAGCAGAUCCGCACGCACGACUUGCCCGGCGACAAGUGGCUGGUCAUCGAACGUCGCGUUUACGAUAUUAGCCGCUGGACGCAGAAGCAUCCAGGGGGCAGCCGCCUCAUUGGCCACCACGGCGCCGAGGACGCCACGGACGCCUUUCGUGCCUUCCACUCCAACCUGGAUUUCGUGCGCAAGUUCCUGCAGCCUCUGCUGAUUGGGGAGCUGGCCGUGGACGAACCCAGCCAGGAUGGACCCCAGAAUGCACAGCUGGUGGAGGAUUUCCGAGCCCUGCGCCAGACAGCUGAGGACAUGAAGCUGUUCGAAGCUGACCCUGCCUUCUUCGCGUUCCUGCUGGGCCACAUCCUCACCAUGGAGACGUUCGCCUGGCUCCUCAUCUACCUCCUGGGCCCCGGCUGGGUGCCCAGCACUCUCGCUGCCCUCAUCCUGGCCCUCUCCCAGGCUCAGAGCUGGUGUCUGCAGCAUGACCUGGGUCAUACCUCAGUCUUCCACAAGUCCCAUUGGAACCACCUGGCCCAGCAGUUUGUGAUGGGGCAGCUGAAAGGUUUCUCUGCCCACUGGUGGAACUUCCGUCACUUCCAGCACCAUGCCAAGCCCAACGUCUUCCACAAAGACCCAGAUGUGACUGUGGCCCCCGUCUUCCUCCUGGGAGAGUUGUCUGCGGAGUACGGCAAGAAGAAGCGUAGAUAUCUGCCUUACAGCCACCAACACCUCUACUUCUUCCUGAUUGGUCCGCCGCUACUCACCCUGGUGAACUUCGAAGUGGAAAACCUGGCGUACAUGCUGGUGUGCCUGCGGUGGACGGACCUGCUCUGGGCUGCCAGCUUCUACCUCCGUUUCUUCUUGUCCUAUGCCCCCUUUUACGGCGUCCCUGGGGUGCUGCUCCUCUUUGUUGCUGUCAGGGUCCUGGAGAGCCACUGGUUUGUGUGGGUCACUCAGAUGAACCACAUCCCCAAGGAGAUUGGCCAAGAAAAGCACCGUGACUGGACCAGUGCCCAGCUGGCUGCCACCUGCAAUGUGGAGCAAUCCUGCUUCAUUGACUGGUUCAGCGGGCACCUCAACUUCCAGAUCGAGCACCACCUGUUUCCCACAAUGCCACGGCACAACUACCGCAGGGUGGCCCCGCUGGUCAAGGCGCUGUGUGCCAAGCAUGGCCUCCACUAUGAGGUGAAGCCCAUCCUCACUGCCUUGAUGGACAUUGUCAGGUCCCUGAAGAAGUCUGGCGACAUCUGGCUGGAAGCCUACCUCCACCAGUGA